AAGGCGACACCGCGGUGACGUCAUCCGCCUGAGCCGUAGCAUAGGAUUUGCCUCCAUUCGUAGCAGACAUGGCCCAUCUUGUGUACCAGACGUUACCCCCAGAAAUGGCGAGGCCGCUUGGACUGGAGGUUUCAAGCUCCAAGAAGGCAGAGGCUUUUGUAAAUGCGUUUCUCAAGCACAGCAUGCCGAAACUGAACAAGAAGUCUCUGCAGGAGAACUUGGAGCGGAAGGCUGUGGUUCUGGAGCAUUUCCAAAAAAAGAAAACAAGGAAGAGGUGCAAAUCCAAAGGCUUCACCGCCAAAGAGAGACGGGAGAAGAGACUUUUUGAGAUCAAGCCAGAGCAGCAGAGGUACGAGCUGUUCCUGCCUCUGCACGAGCUGUGGAAGCAGUACAUGCGCUCGCUGUGUAACGGGCUGAAGCCGGACGCACAACCCCAGAUGAUCCAGAAUAAACUGCUGAAGGCGGAUCUGCAUGGGGCGCUGGUAAUGGUGGCCAAGUCCAGGUGCCCGUCGUAUGUCGGCAUAACCGGAAUAAUCUUACAAGAAACAAAAUACGUGUUCAAAAUCAUCACCAAGCAAGACGAAUUAAAAGUCGUUCCCAAAUUGAACUGCGUGUUUAGCUUGGAAAUUGGCGGAUUUAUCUCUUACAUCUACGGAAGCAAGCUGCAGAUGAGAGCGAGCGAGCGCUCCGCAAAGAAGUUUAAAAGCAAAGGGAGCAUAGACCUGUAGCCGCGUUAUAAAGCGGAGCGGCGGCUCGGUCGCGAUGCCGGGUCUCUUUAUGGAGAUAGGUGGGGAGCUCGGAGAAAAAGCAGUAAGUCGCGGGAGGGUAAUAUCGUAUAUUCCGCCGCUUGGAGGAGUUUCAAGGGCUGCUGGAAUUGAGUGAUGAUAAAGCUCUCUCUCAACGAAUAACUCGCGCGGAAGUAAAGCAUUUUUAUUCCCUUUCAGAUGACACAUAAUAUCCUGUACCAUUAAAGCGGCUGCCAUGCUUUACGACGUCCUAAAACGUUUGGAAUGUAAGAAUUUUCAGGGUUGUAAUAAGAUUGCAGAGAGCUUAGAAUUUAAAGGGCUGAAGCAGAGAAGACCUUUGCUUACACAAAUGUGGCAAUUAAUGGCCGCUCUCCGGCUCGCUGACGCGUUUCUGACGCUGCGAUCGUCCUUUGGGGGAAGUCAAUGUGCGACGGAGCUGAAUCUUCCAUUUUAACCUCUUAACGGCCAGUGGUUUCUACUCGUCUUGUAGCUCGGCUCUCCGGCUGUCUGUGCCCCGGGCGUCCCGUCGCUGCUUUAUACAUUUCUUUGGGUGAAUUUGGGGGUCUUGUGACAUCAUUGACAUGUGAACAGCAAUAUCCUUCUGGCCGCCUGUACAAUGGGGUCGGGUAAAUGCGAGGCUUUUGGUAUCUGUGAUCUCAAAUGUUUGUCGAGUCUGACUGAGAAGUGUCCCCCCCCCCCAUGGAGUUAUCAUUUUAUGCAAAAUGCCUUAAACUUUGUUUAUUACGAUUUAUUUUUUUGUCUCAAUCAACCAAUAAAUGUUAGUUUGGAUUCCUGC